CCAAAGUGUCCUUCACCAUCAAACUUCAACACAAACAAACAUCCAGCAGAACCAUCAACAACGGAGGGACAAACAUCCAUACAUAUACUCUAGAAGGAGAACCGAUCGAACAAGAGAAUAUCUUCACUCCUUCCAGCCACUCCACCAAGAACCGAUCAGACAAACCACCACCACAGCAAGAAACUUGGGCAAGAACUACCACCUAUAAAGAACAGGCCCAAGGACGAUGCCGGCCAAUCCUCAUUAUGACUUCCUCAUCAAGCUCUUACUGAUUGGUGAUUCAGGCGUUGGAAAGUCUUGCUUGCUCUUGAGGUUCUGUGAUGACGCUUACACGCCUAGCUUUAUCACCACAAUCGGAAUAGAUUUCAAGAUCCGGACGAUCGAACUAGAUGGCAAAAGAAUCAAGCUACAAAUAUGGGAUACGGCAGGCCAAGAAAGAUUUAGGACGAUUACUACGGCCUAUUAUCGUGGAGCGAUGGGCAUCUUGCUCGUGUACGAUGUAACAGACGAAAAAUCUUUCGAAAAUAUCCGGAACUGGCAUUCAAAUAUCGAUCAACAUGCAUCCGAAGGAGUCAACAAAAUCCUGAUCGGAAACAAAUCCGACUCUGUUGAGAAAAAAAUUAUUCAAGAGAAUCAAGGACGAGAAUUGGCGGCUGAAUUAGGGAUUUCGUUUAUGGAGACAUCAGCAAAAGCGAACACGAAUGUCGAAGAAGCGUUUUUCUCACUUGCCCGGGAUAUCAAGACAAGGUUGAUUGAUAAUAAUGAUGAAGGUGGAGCUGGUGGAGCCGGGUCGUCUCAAAGUGGCGCCAAUGGCUCGAUCUCAGUCGCCCAACCUGGGUUCCAAAACUCCAAAGGAUGUUGCUAAACUCUCCUGCCCUCCCUUCUUAUCCAUUUUUUGUUUGUUUGUUUGUUUGUGUAAUUGCAUAUCCAUUUCCUUAUCUUUUUCAUUAUCAUUUAAGGUAUAUUAGUUUUUUUUUUUGAUAGUCCGAUCAAUCAACAACUUUCUUUCUCUUCUAUGUUCAUCAUCAUCUCCAAAUCUCUCUCUCUCUCUCUCUCUCACACACACAAAAACAAACCAACAUGUCUUCUUCUUCUCAUGAAAAUCAUUCAAUCAAACAAAAAGAGCAGGCAAGGGGGGGUCAUAGAAUAGCUUCAUUUUUUCAUAUCAAGUCAUCAAAUUUCUUUCCUCUUCCAAUAUAAAUUUCAGUGUAGUUGUCCACUUGUUUUAUACUUUUUUUUUGUUUACUGUUACUUACUGUUUUGAUCAUGUUGUGUGAGUUUUACUACUCUUGUGUGUGUGUGUGUGUUUCCUGUUCAUCAAUCAAUAUUUAUAUAUACAUACAUAUCUCAUUUUAUUUUCACAUGCACAUAUAUACCAAAUAUGUGUGAUCAAC